CAACUGUGGUGACAGUGACGUUUGUUGAUAAAUGUGGAAUGUUGCGGGUUUGGAGUUAAGUGAAUUCAUAAUUAUUCGAUUCCAUACGUAAUAUUAUUGGUUAUAUCACACCCUUCGAUUGUCAAGUGGGUUGAUACCUAUAGAACUCGGUCAGUCUUACACAAUGGGGGAUUCCAGAAAGAAGAAAAAGUUCUACUUUCGGAAACGACGAAACAAAUACUUCUUGGAACCCGGCUUCAGAGGCUUUUUCUGCACGUGCAACUUCAGAGAAAAAGAAUGUGUGAAAGAAGUGUAUAACUUGCUGAAUGAGUACGCUGAUAGACUGUAUCCCGGGUUGGAGAGCGAGCCACUGGCCGCACCCGCUGCCGACCGGUCAGACUCCGAAUCCGAAGACGAGACUGAUAUUGGAGACCAGCUCCGACGAGAGUUGGACUCUAUGAAGAAGGACUCACAGAAAUCUCUGAAGCACAAGCGCUUCCAAGUAGUCGAAACUGGUGCGUCAAAUUGUAUCUUCAUUAAAACUAACCUACCUAGUCCAGAAGAGCUGACCACCGCUAUCAUCAAGGAUCUAUACACGACACGAAUACAGAAGACGAGGCAUGUAAUGCGUCUACUCCCUAUAAUGGCAACUUGCAAAGCAAACUUGCCAGAUAUCAUGGAGUGCGCGGGGAAACUGUUUGACAACUUCUUCUUGAAGGAGCCAUCAACAUUUGCUGUGAUCUUUAAUAAGAGGUUCAACAGCAGUGUAUCACGGGACCUCAUCAUCAAAGAGCUGGCGGAGCUGGUAACUCUCAAGAAUGCAGACAAUAAAGCCGAUCUGAAAAACCCUCACCUCUGUAUUAUAGUUGAAAUAAUUAAAGGCAUUUGCCUAUUGAGCAUUGUGGACAAUUAUUUUAUGUAUAAAAAAUAUAAUUUACAUGAGCUAUGUAAAGAGGAAACCACUCCUAAUGAUACUGAAGGGACCCAAGCUAAGAAAUUCAAGAGUGAUGUGGGGCAAACAGAUGGUCAAAGUGAAAUUCAAUAGAAUAUUGUAUGAUACUGUUACUUUAUGUAAAUGUAAUGUAAAUGUAGUCCAACUUCUAGGUUGUAUAAGUGGCCCCAAUACCAACUUUGCACCAAAUUUUCCUAUUUAAAAAUGAUGUCUAUUUAAACAUUAUCAACUUUUUUCAAAUUAUACAUGUGACCAAAA